CUCCCACAAAGUGCCUGUUUCACCCUACCAGGGCUGGAGAGUGACGUCUAUGUUUUUGUUUCAGCUCAUCCAAUCCUCCCAUGACACAGAGAAGAGAAAUGGCUGCAGUGGAUCCAGCUCAGGGGCCGGUGACCUUCGAGGAGGUGUCUGUGUAUUUCACCAAGGAAGAGUGGGCUCUGCUGGACCCCACUCAGAGAGCCCUCUACAGAGACGUCAUGCAGGAGAACUAUGAGAAUGUGACCUCACUGGGGUUUCCAGUUUCCAAACCUGAUGUGAUCUCCCAGCUGGAACAAGGAGAAGAGCCAUGGGUCCCAGACCUCCAGGGUUCAGAGAAAAGAGAGAUCCUGAGAGCUCACUGCAUAGGUGAGGAAACAUUAAACCAACUCAGAAUCUCAGGUGAUGCAAUGGUAUGUGAGCAAGAGGACCAGAAUUCUCAGCAGGAAAAUGUUGAACAAGUGGAUAAACACAGAGAAUUAUCGCAAAGAUCGGAAAGGAAUGUGUCCAGGAGUUAUGAGCAGGAAAAAUCCUGUGAGAUUGAGCACAGACCAGAAAGAGAGCCAGGACACCAGCUAGGGGAGAAAGGGGACAAAUGUAUUUCCUGUCGAGGAACUCAGAAGGAUUUCAAAGAAAACACAACAGAGCAGGAAAUCCUCAGGGGAAAAAGAAAAAAUCCAUGCACUGAAUGUGGAAAAAACUUAUGUGACUACUCAGCCCUUAUAAAGCAUCAGAGAAUCCACACGAAGGAGAGGCCCUAUGAAUGCAGUGAGUGUGGGAAAACCUUCAGUCGCAGCUCGCACCUUAUUAAUCAUCAUAGAAUCCACACAGGGGAGAGGGCCUAUGAAUGCUGUGAGUGUGGGAAAAGCUUCACUUGCAGAUCAGGUCUUUUUGAGCAUCACAGAAUCCACACUGGAGAGAGGGCCUAUGAAUGCAGUGAAUGUGGGAAAAAUUUCACUCACAGAUCAGCCCUUUCUAAACAUCAGAGAAUCCAUAGAGGGGAGAGGCCCUAUGAAUGCACUGACUGUGGGAAAAGAUUCAAUUAUAGCUCGCACCUUAUUGGGCAUCAGAGAAUCCACACAGGGGAGAGGCCCUAUGAAUGCAGUGACUGUGGGAAAAACUUCAUUCACAGAUCUCACCUUAUUCUGCAUCAGAGAAUCCACACAGGGGAGAGGCCCCAUCAAUGCAGUGAUUGUGGGAAAAGUUUCACUAGCAGCUCAGACCUUUCUAAACAUCAGAGAAUCCACACAGGGGAGAGGCCCUAUCAAUGCAGUGAGUGUGGGAAGACCUUCACUAACAGCUCAGCCCUUUCUAACCAUCAGAGAAUCCACACAGGGCAGAGGCCCUAUGAAUGCAGUGAGUGUGGGAAAACCUUCACUAACAGCUCAGCCCUUUCUAACCAUCAGAGAAUCCAC